AUGCCACCUAAAAGAAAAAGAAAUAGAGUUCCAUUAAGUUGUACAAUAUGUAGAAAACGUAAAGUAAAGUGUGAUAAAACAAGGCCACAUUGUAAACAAUGUGAGAAAACUGGCAUGUCCCAUUUGUGUCAUUAUAUGGAACAAAGCUGGGCUGAAGAAGCAGAAAAAGAGCUAUCCAAAGACGUUGAGUUAAAAGAAUUACGUGAUAGGGUAAAAUCUUUGGAAGAAAUGUUGAACAAAGUUCAUAGUAACAAUAAUUCACCGCCGGAAUCGAUAACCAACGAUUUAAGCUUAACAAGUAACUCAAUAUCAAAUUCUCAAAACGUUAUAAAGUUAAGUGACAAGAAUAAGAAAUGCCUUAAAGGAGAAACUCCUGACAGUAAAAAGGAAGACGAUUCAAAACUAAGUCAAGAAGAACAAUUGUUUUCUAAAUACGAUAAUGAUGAAUUAGAUUUAACCAAAAGGUUUGAUAUGUUGCACUUGAAAAACACUGGUACUGUACAUCUAGGUGCCACCCAUUGGUUAGCUAUUAUGAAAGGUGAUCCCUAUUUGAAACUAUUAUGGUCGCAUAUAUUUACAAUCAGGGAAAGGAUAAACGAAUGGUAUAUUCAAAUGUCGACCACAAACAACGCCAAUGGCAAAAUUAAAAGGAAUAGCAUUGGUAAUUGUCCCGUCGGUCAUCCUACUAAAAAUGCAUUUUUACCUGGUUCCAAUGCUUGUCCAGUUAGUCAGAAAUUUGAAGAUAAUAAUGAUAAUAAUACUAAUACAUCGGGAAUACCCACGUGUCCGGUAGCCCAUGAUAAAAACAAGAAUAUUUCCAGUGACACUGGGGACGCUGGUGCUAAUAGAUGUCCCAUUAUACACAAUGCAAAAACUGCUAAAACUUCAGUAAAUAAAUGCCCUAUUGAUCAUACCAAACUAAAAAAGCCCCAAGAACUACCGUCAUUUGAUGUCCUAAGUAGAAAAUGUCCAAUAAUGCAUGAUAAAACACCCACUCCUCCUCCAACCUCCCAUUCCUCAUAUUCUGUUGGGUCAGCUAACAAUAACAGUGUCACUUCGCGUAAGAAUUCUGCAUCGUCGUCGUUAUACAAGAAUUUGGAUUUAAAUUCUGCAAAUAAUGAACAAGAAAUUAUAGAAAAAGUUAUAAAAGAGUUAAAUAAGCUGCUACCACCACAGAGAAUCAUUGCGCUACUGAUCAAUAAAUUUUUCAAAUUUUUAUAUCCUGUAAUUCCAAUAUUGGAUGAACAAAGUUUCAAAUCACAAAUAGCACAAAUCAUCCAACCACCAACUUUACCGGGAGAUAAUAUUUCCAUAAAGAUAAAUAAGCCCCUAGAUUGCUGUAUUUUAGGGAUUCUAGUCAUUAUUUUAAGGUUGACGUGGCUAUCACUACCAUCUAACGGUUGUAAUAUAGAUUUAGGGAUUUUCCACGGCAGCAAUUUAGCUUUAGGUAAACUAGCAACUAACCACUCUGCAUUCACAGCCUCACAGGCCAAGGACGAAAACUUGAUCUUGAAAUUUGAAAUACCGACCUUAGCUGUCAACUUGAUCAGAAAAUAUUUAGUUAGAUUUGAUGAAAUUAGUAGCUUUUCCAACAAGAACGUCAAUAUUACUACUGUGCAAUUUGCUAUUUUUUACAAAAUAUAUUUGAUAAGCUGUCCAGAAAGCUCCGAGUCCUUCCAAAAUUCAGGUUCUUUUAUGACCACAGGACACGACAAUGAAACACAUCAAGUUUUGUUAAGUAGUAUUGUUCAGAUGGCAUUUAGUUGCGGUUUACACAGAGAUCCAGAUAAUUUCCCUCAAUUAAACACAGACGUCUUUCCUGCGGCCUCUAAAAACAAAAAUGAAAAUUCUAACUCUAAUGGCAACACUAAAAAGAAAAAUAAACAACCUUCAACAGGCAAUGCUCCUGUUUUCAACAAGGAGGUUGUGGCUAAUACGGAAAGGUUGAAACAUACUUGGAGAAAAACAUGGUUUUUCAUUGUUUCGUUAGAUGUCCAACAGUCAUUAUCUUUAGGUGCACCAAGGUUAUUGAGAAACUUGGGUGACUUUAGUGACACAAAAUUGCCGUGCGCCUCCAAAAUUGACUAUGUUAGUGAUAUUAAAGAGCUAAUUGUUGUGAAAAAUUACACGUUAUUUUUCCAAAUAGAUUUGUGCAUAAUUGCCGUACUGAACCACAUAUUGAAUGUAUCAUUAUCCCGCUCUGUUCGCAAAUUUGAGUUGGAUGAAUUAAUUUCUAUUUUGAAAAAACUGUCCUAUGGCGAGGAUGAUAACAAUUCUAACAUAAACGAUAUUGUCAACACGUUGAUUAAUAAGGGAUUAUUGUUCACAUCGGAAGCAACCGCUUUAAACACCUCCAUAUCCUCGGUAAACAAACCUGAUGAUUAUGACAGUGUAUAUACACUACCUACGUUGAAAAAAAUUUUGUACUCAACAAGUGACGGCUUAAAAGAUGAUAGUAGUACCAGUAAUAGUAAAAAACUGGAUUUGCCCCAUGAGACUACGACUAAAGCUGUUUUUUUCUCGAAACAUUUAACUAUAAGAAUGUUGCUUUAUUUGUUAAGUUAUAUACUAUUUACUAAUUAUGAGCCAAUGGGCAAUGAUGAUGCCGAUACGAUCCCCUUAAGCAGAAAAUAUGCUCAGGAUUCUUUAAAUUAUGCUAUGGAUGGUUUUAGAAACUCUUUGGUUUUUUUUAUAAAUACCAAAUCACAAAGUGGCGGGAAUGGCUCCAUUUUCAACUAUAUGGAAGUCUUAUUGACACCUUCUUGUCUAGAUGUUUGUCAUAGAGCACUGCAAUUUAUGAUAUGUUUAAUUUUAAGGGCUAGAUGCGGUCCAUUAGCUGGUAUAAGUGAAUGUCCAAUCAUAACAACAACAACAACAACGGAAAAUUCGUCCAGUGGCAGCGAAGACGAAACAUCAGAAAAGACUGCCAAUUCAAAUAAUACAGGUAAAAAGGGUUGUCCAUAUAGUGGUAACUCGGGUGCCGGAGACAGUUUGUUUGAUAAUAACGAGGUAUUACAGAUGAGUGAUGAUUUGGCUAAUAUUUUAUUAUGUAGGAUGGAGUUAUUUCACAAAUUGACAAAACAGAUAUCUGAAAAAUACACGUAUGCUUCCAAAAUGACUAGAUCGACUGGGUUUUUCUUAACUUUGUUAAAAACGCAGUCCUCGAAAAACAAAACAAGGUCACGUAAUGCCUCAACCGCUAAUGAAAGCAGUGCUGGAAACAAUAAUAAGACUCUUCCCACAAUAAAGACACCUGGUAUUGCAAAUAUGGCUAGAUUUUUUAAGAACAUUCCGUCACUAAUAAUAUCUGCUGGUGGCGAGCAACUAAAAAGAUGUCCCGUGUAUCAAGAUGCUAUCGGGUUUUUACCAAUAAAGUCACCUAACUUGAACAGCGGCAACGUUGCUGGAAGACCUCCUCAAGAUAAAUCUAGGAUACAAGCUGCAAAUACUUCAGCCGGUGGUAGGUUGUCAAAAAUUAAAACAGCAUAUAAUCCAAUAACUUAUAGGACAGUCAGUAGUAGAACGUCUGAUAUCAGAAGAGGAAGCGAGGAAAUUGGGUUAGAUCCGCUAUCCAAGGGUGUAGCUGAUGGAAAUAAUGAUCCUGUAAAAAGACGUAAACUUUCUUCUGAUAUUUUUAUUCCCUCCUCAGAACCGCCCGUCAUUACGCCUAAAACGAGAAUGUUCAAUGAUACUUUGCCAUUGCCAAAUACAGAUCUUACUUAUAUUACCAACAAUAGUAACGCUGCAACACCUCUCACGGAUACUGUUAAUGUAAGACCGCAGAUUCCAGUGUUAUCGCCUAAUAUCAAGAUGAAAGAGGAAACACCCGUUACUUUGUUAGCAACUCCAAAUUUAAAUAGUUUACAGGCAAGUGCCAACUUACCACUUACAGAAAUGCCAAAUGCAACUAGUACUAACGCCGUUGCCAAUGGGGAUAAUACACAGUUUUUAUCGCCUUCUAUACUAUCAGAAGAAACAUCUUCCUCGAUUAAUUAUACGCCAGAUUUUGAGGAAUUUUUGAAGCAAAAUGCGGAUUUAACUGGAUUAAUUAUAAACCCAUCCAGUAUUGUUGAGGCAGUUGGUUUUGAUCAUGAAUAUAAAGAAACUCUGUUCAAUGUAGGUGGUAUUAAAAGUCGCAAGGGGUCAGAAGUCAACAGUGUCUGGAAUGUAAAUGAAGAUUUUAUCGACAUGGAGAACACCGGGAUCGAGGGCUUAAGUGAGAUAAUUCAUGGAAGAACUAGCACUGGUAAUGUUAAUGAUAAUGGUGUUGCAAGAAAUGCUAACUUUAAUGACAUGGAUAUUUGGGAAUAG